GAAGCAGCCUCGCGGCGCCCCAUGCGGCCCCGGGGGCCAGCCGGCGGACGCUCGCGCGGCCCUCGGCCCGCCGGCCGGUGUUGAGGCGGCCGCCGCGCUCCGCUGGCCGGCGCCACGGCUCGCCCGCUGCCCGGCCCGCCCGGCGCUCGGAUGGCGGCGGCGGCGGCGGGCCCGGCGGGCGCCGGGGCGGCCCCUCCGGCCCCGCUCUGGUACCACAAGGACCUCAGCCGGGCGGCGGCCGAAGAGCUGCUGGCGCGGGCCGGGCGGGACGGCAGCUUCUUGGUGCGCGACAGCGAGAGCGUGGCCGGAGCCUUCGCCCUCUGCGUGCUGUUCCAAAAACACGUCCAUACCUAUCGAAUUUUGCCAGAUGAAGAGGAGUUUCUGGCGGUCCAGACAUCCCAGGGAGUCCCGGUGCGGCGCUUCAAGACCUUGAGCGACCUCAUUGCCCUCUAUCUGCAGCCAAACCAGGGCCUGGCCUGCGCCCUGCUCUUCCCCGUGGAACGGGAGAAGGAGAAGGAGAAUGCGGAGGAGAGGGACUACUCGGAUGGCGAGGAUGAGAAGCCUCCCUUGCCACCUCGCUCGGGCUCUACCAGCAUUCCGGUUGGUAGCAGCACUUCCAUCUUGAUGACCAACACCCCUGCAGUGCAGGACCGAGCUCUCGAAAGUACCACCAACGGGCUCAGCACCAUCUCCCACGAAUACCUGAAAGGGAGCUACUCCCUGGACUUGGAGGCGGUGAAGGGGGGGGCCAGCAACCUGCCCCACCUCAACAAAACUCUCGUCACGUCCUGCAGGCGCCUGCACAGUGAGGUGGACAAAGUCUUAUCAGGCCUGGAGAUCUUGUCCAAGGUGUUCGACCAGCAGAGCUCCCCGAUGGUCUCUCGGAUCCUGCAGCAGACUGCCGGACAAACAGGAGAGCAGGAAUUGGACAGUUUGGUCCUGAAGCUGUCCAUCUUGAAGGACUUCCUCUCCAGUAUUGAGAAGAAGGCCCUGAAAGCGCUCCAGGACAUGAGCUCCGCUGCCCAGCCUGGACUGGCUCAGCCAUGUUUUCGCAAAGCAAAGAGCAUCCCUGUUCAAACGUUCGAGGUGAAGCUGGACCUGACCUUGGGCGAUCUCACCAAAAUCGGGAAGUCACAAAAGUACACCCUGAGUGUGGAUGUGGAAGGUGGGAAGCUGGUGGUCCUAAAGAAGCAGAAGGACUCCCAGGAGGACUGGAACACCUUCACCCAUGACAAGAUCCGUCAGCUGAUAAAAUCCCAGCGGGUGCAAAAUAAACUGGGGAUCGUCUUUGAGAAAGAGAAGGACAAGACUCAGCGGAAGGACUUUGUCUUCGUCAGUGCCAGGAAGCGAGAAGCCUUCUGCCAGCUCUUGCAGUUGAUGAAGAAUAGACAUUCCAACCAGGAUGAGCCAGACAUGAUUUCCAUCUUCAUUGGCACAUGGAACAUGGGCAGCGUUCCCCCAUCCAAGAACAUCACCUCCUGGUUUGCCUCCAAGGGGCUUGGCAAGACCCUGGACGAGAUGACCGUCUCCAUCCCGCACGAUAUCUACGUCUUCGGCACCCAGGAGAAUUCCACGGGGGACAAGGAGUGGGUCGACUUCAUGCGCAGCGUCCUCAAGGACUUCACAGAGAUUGAGUACCGGCUGAUAGCCAUGCAGUCCCUCUGGAACAUCAAAAUAGCUGUCCUGGUGAAGCUGGAGCAUGAGAAUCGGAUCAGCCACGUUGGGACCUCCAGCGUGAAAACUGGGAUUGCCAACACUCUGGGCAACAAGGGGGCCGUAGGCGUCUCCUUUAUGUUCAACGGCACCUCCUUUGGCUUCGUCAACUGCCACCUCACCUCUGGCAGCGAGAAGACCGCCAGGAGAAACCAGAAUUACCUGGAUAUCUUGCGUCUCCUGGCCCUGGGUGACAAGCAGCUGAGCUCUUUUGACAUCUCCCUCCGCUUCACCCACCUCUUCUGGUUUGGGGACCUCAACUACCGCCUGGACAUGGACAUCCAGGAAAUCCUCAACUACAUUAACCGCAAGGAAUUUGAACCUCUCCUCAAGGUGGAUCAGCUCAACCUGGAGAAGGAGAAGCACAAGAUCUUCCUACGAUUCAGCGAGGAGGAAAUCACCUUCCCUCCCACCUACCGCUACGAAAGGGGGUCCCGCGACACCUAUGUGUGGCAUAAACAGAAGCCCACGGGGGUAAGGACCAAUGUCCCCUCCUGGUGUGACCGCAUCCUCUGGAAGUCCUACCCAGAGACCCAUAUCAACAGCAACUCCUACGGCUGUACAGAUGAUAUUACGAGCAGUGACCACUCGCCGGUCUUCGCAGCCUUUGAAGUUGGAGUCACGUCCCAGUUUGUUUCCAAAAAAGGACUCUCCAAAUCCUCAGACCAGGCCUACAUCGAGUUUGAGAGCAUCGAAGCCAUUGUGAAGACAGCCAGCAGGACCAAGUUCUUCAUUGAAUUCUACUCCACGUGCCUGGAAGAAUUUAAAAAGAGCUUUGAGAACGAUUCCCAGAGCAGCGACAACAUCAAUUUCUUGAAGGUCCAGUGGUCCUCCAGACAGCUGCCCACGCUCAAACCGAUCCUCUCUGACAUCGAAUACUUGCAAGACCAGCACAUCCUGUUGACCGUCAAGUCUCUGGAUGGCUACGAAUCCUAUGGAGAGAGUGUCAUUGCCCUCAAGUCCAUGAUCGGGAGCACCGCACAGCAGUUCCUCACCUACCUCUCCCACCGGGGGGAGGAGACAGGCAACAUUCGGGGCUCCAUGAGGGUUAGGGUCCCAGCAGAGCGGGUGGGAACCCGUGAGAGGCUGUACGAAUGGAUCAGCAUCGACAAAGACGAGACUGGAGCUGCCAAGGGGAAGCAGCCGCUUCCAGCAUCACGGACCAACCUGGAGCACGCCAAAUCCGUUGGGCGAAAACAUUCCUCAGGGGAAGGUACCACCUGUCCGGUUGGGAAGCUCUCAGAGGAACAGGAGAAGCUCAGCAUCCUGACGGCCAGCCGCCCGCCUGCUCCACAUCGUGGUACCUCCAAGGAGGAGACCUCCCAGGGCAGGUCGAAGCAGGAGGUGGCUGUGGAUCUCGACGGGCCCCCCCUAAAGAACAGCUUCAACAACCCUGCCUAUUACGUGCUGGAAGGGGUCCCUCACCAGCUCCUGCUCUCAGAGGUGCCGCCAGGGAGCCUGGCCAAGCCCCCCGCCCCCCGGAACAAAGUCCAGAUCACGGUGCCCAUCCAGCCUGAGUCCUGGCGGCCCACGCAGCCACCCUCCCGGGCCGAGGAAAACACGGAAGAGGAAGAGCCAGGGGUCCUCAACCUGCCGCCCCCGGACUUCCCACCCCCUCCCUUGCCCAAAUCAGUGGCGCUGGAGAUGGCAGAGGGGGCCUUCUACACCUCGGUGGGUGUCCGAGGAGAGGAUCGUGCAGCCAGCAAGCCACGGACCACCGUGGUCUUCAGCGAACCCCUCAAGACCAAGCCCCCCAAGCUGCACCCCAGGCUGGCCCCGUCCUUGGGGACAGGAUACCUCCUCGAGUCCCCCGGUGGGCCCCAGGUUGCCCCGGGCAUCCUGGACGACCGCUCCUGCUCCGUGCUUCAGAUGGCCAAGACCCUCAGCGAGGUGGAGUACUCCAGCGGGGGCGGCCUGGGGAGGGAGCAGCCUGGCCACCCCCCAUCCCACCCCCUGACCAAAGUGAGGCUGGACCUUGCCCACCGCUGCCUGCCACCUGACUACAGCCGCCCUGUGGCCUUCCCUGCCCGCUCCAUUCGGGAGAGCAUCGAAGAGGACUUGGAGGAGACCCUGGCCCAGGAGGGCCAGAGUGGGGGCCCCAGGCGCAGCAAGUCCAGCGUGGGGGAAUGGCUGCAGGCAAUCGGCAUGGAGCGAUAUGAGGAAGGCCUCGUCCAUAACGGCUGGGAUGACCUGGAGUUCCUCAGUGACAUCACCGAGGAGGACUUGGAAGAGGCGGGGGUGAUGGACGCCGGCCACAAGCAGCUUCUCCUGGAGAAACUCAGGCUCAGGGAGUAGCCAGUGCUGCUGGGGGUGACGUUGACCCCCACCCCAGGAUGUGCCUUCCGCCUUGUGAUUUCACCCUCGCCCCCCCCCCAUUCCCUACAGGUGCCAACCAAGGGUCCGUCUGCCUUUUUUUCUGAGCAUCCCCUCCUGGAGGGGAGGAUGGACAGCCAAACUGCUGCCUGGAGCGACCGCUUCCUGGCGGGGCAGAAAUGCUCCUGGAGAAAUCGGGGGCUGAGCAGCUGGAAGGUGAAAUGGCAUUGACGUGCGUGGGUCUGCCCUACAUGGCUGCUCUUGGUUAAGUUAUUCUUAUUUAUUGCAAUGCCAGAAGGACCCUCUUGUUCCCCCCUCUUCAUUUCGGAGAACCACGUUCCCCAACCCUGCCUCCGUGGCCUCCGACUGUCCAGGGGAGAUUCCCAGAGGGGAGACCACCCCACAGAACUGUGUCAGCUACGGGGGGACCGGCGGCCUUCAGGCCUGGAUGCCAGCAGUCCUCCCUCGGGCAGCUCCGUUCGGGGUCCAAGAACAGCUGCGUCGCCUCCCCCCAAUUCAGGGAUUGGAUGCAGCCAGGGUAAACUGCUGAGCGGUUGGAUUUCACAGGCCCAGGCAAGAAUUUGGACAGGUAGCCGAAAGGACGUUCCGGGUUCAGUUUGAAUUGCCGCGUUCCGCACAUCGCGCCAUGUUGCUGCCAACAGCUGGCUUUCCUUCUGCAACCCGCUUGCUGUGUGGGAUUUCUCCUCCGCUGUCCCACCAUUUCACCUUUCCUGGAUGCUUUUAUGCACAUUUUCAGGGCUCUGCCACCCAGCCAGAAAUCAAUUGUUUUCCUAAGGUGUCUUGUUUUCAGAGCAUUUUAAGCCUUAAACCGACAUACAUCUCUUCACCCCAGGGUUUUAACCGUCCCGUGGACGACAAUCUCCAGAAUAUGCUCAGGUAGCCCCAGGGAAAGAAGGGGCCCCUUGAGUUGCAAUGCCAAUCGUGCAGGAAUGCUCUGGGACACCAGAGGGUCAAGCUGUUGGAGCCCUGGGCCACCUUCUCCAUGAUGUCCUGCUUCCUGUCUCCCAGAAGCUGCCUGGUUCCCCAGAACAGCCCAUCAGGAAGGAGCGUGGGUCGCCCAUUGGAGGAUGGGCCACACACUGAGCAAGGCCGGCCUCUUGAAGAGAGCUUUCUAGCUCUCUUGGGCACGUCCAAGCUGUACAGCUUGGAUCUUGGCCAAGGAUUGAAGCCACAUCUUGAUUAGAUGGACCUGGUUGGGGUGCCUGGUGCUGGAGCCUGACUGAAUAGGCCCCCUCUCUUCUCUUUCCCAACCCACCACCUUUUGCUGGAGGUCCACCAACUGUAAGGUCAUGCUUGUCCUGACCACUUCUUUCCUUCGAGUCACCUGGCCCUGCCAUUUCCAUCAGGGCCUUCAUCCAGCAGGUUCCACAUCUGGCCAGCUAUUUUUCAUCUGGCCUUGGGAGCAGUCGGGGGGAGGGGACUGCUUCCCUUACCCGUGCAAACCACGGUGCCUGCAGAGCGCAUUUAGAUCUGGUCCAGGGCGGGGACCUGGUCCAGAGCAGUAAAAGGCUAGAAGUUAGGCAAUUUCUUUGGUUCUGUUCUCGUUCUGGGGGAAUUCCCCCUUUGCUCUGUGCCUUAUUUUACAAUAGGAAGAUAGGGAGGGGGAAGGGCUUCCCCCACUUGCAAGAGAUUUCAAGGUACACCCAACCCAAUGGGGUUUUUUUGAGGUCUUUCAGCUCGGUUCAAAUCCCUGCUAGUGACUUAGAGCAUCUUCUUGCAUCACCUAGCCCUUGUUGAGAGCGUCGAGACUGUCCUUGCAGUUUCAUUGGCGCAGUGAUGGUUGGAUGACUUGAGAAGACACUAGAAGUCCCUCGUGGGGAUCCUGCCGAGAACUCCCGGGAUUUCCGGCUCACGGAAAUGGGAUCUGGGGAAGCCGGGAAUUGUGGUCCUCCCCACAAUCCAGAAAGUGUGAAAUGAGGAAGGCUGAGCUACACUCCUUGGACCUUUCCACCUCAACACAGUUCUCUGAGACAGAAAUGAAGGAUGUUCUGUGUUUAUUGUACUUUAUUUUGUUUCUUUUGCCACUGUGGGGAGAAGCCAAUGAUUUGUGCUGCUUUUGAUCUUCCUUCUUCAGUUAUUAUUAACGUUUGGUGUGAGUUUAACCUUACUAGAUUCUAUUCUCUGUGUGUGUGUGUGUGCUUUUUAAAUGUUUAAUUUAAUUUCUAUUUGAAACUCUUUGUAUGCUUAAUAUUUUAGGGGUUGAAGAAACAACCGCAACUUUCUUCCCCCCCGUUCACAUUUCAUGCCUUAGAUUAAUACAUCAUGAUACAAUAAAAGGGCUUGUUUGCUUACAGAA